UGAACAAUGAAGGCACCACUGCACUGGGGGAGGCUGUGGACAGAGGUAAUGCUAGGAUAGCUGUGCAGUUACUUCAUCACCCAGGCUGUGAUAAAGACGCAGGUUAUGUGUUCACUCCACUUCACAAUGCAGUGAAGAGAGGGUAUGAGAAGAUGACCACUACUCUACUGGAGGCAGGAUGUAACAUUGACAAUGUCAAUGGCAGUGGAAUCACCCCUGUCCAAGUGGCUGUAGAAGAAGGGAACUUCCGUAUCCUCCGCCUGCUUUUAUGGUGGGGCUGCAAUCUCAGAGCCUGUGAGAAUAUCUCUUAUGUAAUCAUGAAGUGUUGUAUUCAACACCGUGACCGUCACCCCCAUGCUGAACUCCAACCCAUCUUUGUAAUCUGCAAGUUUCAGGACGUGAGACUGAUGAAACUCCUGCUCCAAUGCUAUCAUCAGUUGCCAUACAACCUCAUCCAUGCCGUCCAUGAUGUUUUGACCAUAGGCUUCGGACCCAACAGCAUGUUUAACCAAAGAGUCAACGAAGAAAUGGUGCAGAUCCUCAGGGAUGCCAUGACAGAGGCAAGGCCGCUCAAGGAUCUCUGCCGCGGUGCCAUUCGGAAAGCAUUGGGUGUGCGUCCUUUUAGUAAGAUAGAUGACCUUCCUGUGCCAAAUUCUAUGAAGAACUACAUUCUUAUGACUGAGGAGCUGGGGAAAGACCUACCUCAGGAGGAUGAAAUCAUAGAAAGGGAUGAUAUGUUUGAAUCUUAUGAAGUCCCCCCCACCGAGGAGUAAUUAGAUCCUGAAUCAUUGAUUUUCCCAAUGAGUUAUCCAGCAGUCAUUUGGUUGGCCAUUUCCUCAAAGAAUGGUUGAAAUUUUUGAAACCAGCCAGAUGACUUAUGAAAAUUUGCAGAUAUGAAAGCCGGAUUUGUUGGGACAGGUGAACAGCAUGGAAAAUUUUGGGAAAGUAUUUUGAUGUUGCCAGAUUAUUUGAUUAAUCAAGAAAAAACUGUUUUUGCAAACUAGCUAGAUGUGCAGACACUGUCCAAUUUUUAUGUGCUUAAAAGCAGUAAAACCCACAUAUUCUCAACCAGUUGAACCAAGUACUGGACAGGUCUAGUUUCUAGUGCACUUGAGGUCACCUGUAGCUUGGAUAUCCAAUUAAGACUAGACUUAAGAUUCCAAUCUCAAUAUCAGUGCCUCAUUCUCCUGUGAAUUUCAGACUAUGUCAUGCAUUUUUUCUGAUGAUCCCAAUUACAGCUAAGUGUGGCACAUUUUGCCUUAAAAUAUACAUUGUAGAACAUCAUGUGCGCAAAUGUAUGGUUUUUUGCCUUAUUUCGCAUGAAAAUUUUAACUUGUUUAAUUUCUAAUGUACCUAUUUGUCUUACUUUGUUAGGGUCAAUCAGUAUGAUCAUGUAUAGUGAACUUUUUUGGAAAAAUGCAUGCAACAGUCUUGUGUUUCAAUAGUUCAUAGAUAGCCACAAGUUUAGGGAUGCCAUUGAACAACUAUAAUGGUUGACAAUAAUCAUAGAUUUAUCUAUGAAUCAAUGUAAACUAAGACAUACGCUUUACAUACAGUAUUUUUUCACGGUCAAUAAGCUGUGGAGUAUUUAUUUAUUUUUUGACCGAUAAAAAGAAGAGCCUUAUCAGCAGCGUUUAGUAGUGCCUAUGCCAUUGAAGAGUAGCAUUCCCAACGUAUAUUUUUCAAUUUGAUAAAAUUAUAAAUGGGCAAUGACAAAAUUUAUAAUUUACCAAAUUAUGAAGAAAAUAACAAAGUUAUCAAAUUGUAAGAUGAUAUGAAGCCCAAGUUGUUUAUGAUUAAUAAAGGUAGCUUUUUGGCUAACUUGGAAAUUACAAAUGGCAGCAUUAGCUUUUGAGGGGUUCAAAUUAGGAAACUUACAAGUAUGCAUGCAAUUGUUUCUGUCCAUUCCAAUUUGCAAUUGAAAUGAGCUUCAAAGGUGCUUGUUUUAUGUAAGCAAUUUGUAUUUUACACUUUUGUAAAGCUGUUUUUCAGACAAGUGAUACUAAUUGGGUACAGAAUGCUUAGUUGCAAUUUAGUAUGAAAUGAAUGUGAUAGUUCUGUGUGUUUUAGUAUUU